CCAUGGCGAAAACUGUGAAAAAUUUCUUCUUCAGGCCAUGGCUGCCGUCACCUACCCUCUCCCAACCACAGAAGUAUCAAUUAUGCAACGGUCGCGCGCCAGCAGCACCAGCAGCGGCCGCCUGCAGGCAUCGCAACAGGUCCAGCCAUUGGAUGCACCCAAAAUCAUUGUGAUACAUCCGGGGUCGCAGCAUUUGCGAAUUGGCCGGGCCUGUGACCUUAAUCCGUUGACCAUGCUCCAUGCGGUCGCCUACAAGCGUAAGCACCAGGAGGGCGACUGGCCCUACCAUGACCCGAUGCUGCCGUCGCUGGACAACAUAAAUCCCGCACAACUGCAGGUAGAGUUUGAGGAGCAACGACUAAUCGCGUCGCGCAUACUACAGAAUUGUGUGAUCGACGACAAACAACGGUUGCGCGUGGCAACGCCUCCGCAGCAGCUGGCCCACUUCAAUCGCAAGAGUGUGGCCGAGAAGAUACCGCCGCCUGGUAAUCUAAGCGAAGAGCGGAACAGGCAGUGGCUGGACCGGGACGCACCGGUGCUGUUCGAUGAGCAGAUCCUGAGGCUGAGCACCUUCGAUGCUCGCGACUACGACAUCCACUUCCCCAUCCAGCGGGGAGAACUGAAUGUACACAAGCAGAAAGGUGGCUCUCUGCAGUGUACGUUGCAGCACAUUGAGCGGAUAUGGUCGUACGCAUUGGAGGCAAGACUGAAGAUUAAUUUGCGCGAUCUUCGCACCCAUUCGGCCGUUCUGGUGGUCAACGAUGUCUAUGUGCGGCGACAUCUGCGUGAGUUUAUGACCCUUCUGCUGCAGCGUCUCGGCUUCCAGCGUUGCUUCCUGGUACAGGACAGUGUCGCCUCCACCUAUGGGGCGGGUAUUGGCUUCGGCUGUGUGGUGGAUAUUGGCGCGCAGAAGACCUCUAUAGCCUGCAUCGAGGACGGCAUUUCCCAGCUUAAUUCGCGGGUACGGUUGCAGUAUGGCGGCGGUGACAUUAACCAGGUGCUGCUCAUGCUGUUGCGCAAGUGUGGCUUCCCCUAUCGCGAGUGCAGUGUCCAGGACAGCUAUGUUGAUGCCCGCCUGAUGGACAAGCUAAAGGAGCGCUUCUGUCAUCUCAAUGCCAAAGUGUGUGGGGCCCAGGAGAAGCAGUUCCAUCUGAGGAAACAGAAUGGCCAGUGGCUGCGUUACACCCUGCAGGUGGGCGACGAGGCCAUAAUGGCCCCCCUGGCCUUCUUUCACACCGAACUGCUGAACAUUACGGGCAAGGCGAGAAAGGCCUUCACACAGCAGCCGCCCCAGGAGCAGUACGACUGCGAGGAUUGCUUCGAUGCCGAGUAUCUGCGGGAGACGGGCCGAAAGAAUGGCGCUCGUGCAGCAGAUCCAAUCGUUGCACAGCUUCUCGCCCAGCCACGCCUCCUACCGCCCAUUACAGCCGAUGACGAGGAGUUGAAUGUGGUCGAUCAGGAUGAGCCUUCCUCUAACGGCGUCGCCGUCCACAACACCAGCAGCCCCUGCGUCGGUCAUCCGCAAAAGCAUUUCGCUGACACUGCGAAUGGAGUUUAUCAGUACGGCCAGGGUCAGGUGAUGCCACUGGAUCAGGCUGUCCUCGAAGCCAUUGGCCGUUGCGCCACCAACGAGACAAAGCGCAAGAUGUACGGCUCCAUUCUGCUCGUAGGCAGCAGCGUGAAGAUACCCGGCCUGGCGGCCUGGCUGCAAAGCUGCAUCAGCCAGCAGGUGCAGCCCGGCAUCGAGGUGAAUGUGUUCACCAAAGGCAUGGAUGCGGGUAUGGUGGCUUGGAAGGGUGCGGCCAUCAUGUCGGUGUUGGAGAGUGCCAGAGAGCUGUGGAUAACGCAGGUGGACUGGAGUCGUCAUGGUCUUCGCCUACUCCGAGAGCGAUCGCCAUUUCUUUGGUGAUUCUCUGGUCCCUCCCCCGCUCAGCUACAUGGCAUUUCGAAUAUGUUAAGGUCCAUUGUCAUUAUCAUUAAGUGAUUAAAAUUAAGUCAGAAUGCAGUAGUACAACUUAAGAUGCCGACCAAAGCACAAUAAACUAUAGAGCGUCACAAAGAAAA